AUCGUUACGUUACGUUGAGAAAAAAAAAGGGAGAAGAAAAAAUAACGAAUAGAAAAAGAAAAUUGUGGCAUGAAGCGUGAUCCUGAAAAGUUAGCCGCGUGAUCAAGCAUAAUUCCAGGUGCUAAAUUUAAAUGUGUUGCCUCGAUCCCCUUGGGUUAUUUCGCCUAGGUUGGCUGCGCUUGAACGGGUUGGUAGAGAAGCUGUAUCGUCAGCUCUGCCGGCAGUGGUAUCGUUGUUGAUUGUCGCUCCGUUACUAGGUUUUAUACACACACUCGCGUCGUGGUCGCCAUUGCCGGUGGUAGCGGCAGCAGCGAAUCGUUGCUUUUGCGCAGUCGCGAGCCACCACCACUACGCGAGUCAGUCGACGGUCUGCCGGCGAGCAGUGCGGAUGCGUCGUGAAAGGAUUUGAUUGCUGUUGCCCGCAAAUAUUUGCUGGCACGACCGCGAUUUGCCCCACCGUCGGUGCCACGGUAACGCACGGCUCCCGCGGACAGAAACCACCUCCCCUCUGCCCGGCCCGACGACCCUCCCUCCCGAACGGUUACCCGGUGUUCUACCAGCGCCGCGGCGGUUCCCCUCUAUUGAUCGAAUUUGACCUGCGAAGUUUCCCCUAGCGUGUGCGGUAGUGGCGGCCGGCAGUGGCUCUCGCGCUUACGUUGCUCGGUUAGUGCGGUAAAUAAUCGCGAUACCUCGGCAUGGCUACUCCGACCGCUUGCACGCGGUUUAGUGACAACUACGACCUUAAGGAGGAACUGGGCAAAGGUGCCUUCUCGGUAGUGCGACGAUGCGUUCAGAAGAGCACCGGUCACGAGUUUGCGGCAAAAAUUAUAAACACGAAAAAGCUCACGGCCAGAGACUUUCAGAAGCUCGAACGUGAGGCGCGGAUAUGCAGGAAAUUACAGCAUCAAAAUAUCGUGAGAUUACACGACAGCAUACAGGAGGAGAAUUACCAUUACCUUGUAUUUGACUUAGUGACUGGCGGAGAAUUGUUCGAGGAUAUCGUGGCGCGAGAAUUCUACAGCGAAGCGGACGCAUCACACUGUAUCCAACAAAUCCUGGAAAGCGUACACCACUGCCAUCACAAUGGGGUUGUGCACAGGGACCUGAAACCCGAAAAUUUACUCCUCGCGAGUAAGGCGAAAGGCGCGGUUGUGAAAUUAGCGGAUUUCGGAUUGGCGAUCGAGGUGCAGGGUGAAGCACAAGCAUGGUUCGGUUUCGCCGGGACGCCCGGUUACCUCAGUCCGGAAGUCCUCAAGAAAGAACCAUACGGCAAACCCGUCGACAUUUGGGCGUGCGGUGUCAUUCUUUACAUCCUCCUCGUCGGUUACCCGCCUUUCUGGGACGAAGAUCAGCAUCGACUGUACGCGCAGAUCAAGGCUGGAUCGUACGACUAUCCAAGCCCGGAAUGGGACACCGUCACGCCGGAAGCGAAGAACCUAAUCAAUCAGAUGCUGACGGUGAACCCCAGCAAAAGGAUCACCGCCAGCGAAGCGCUGAAGCAUCCCUGGAUCUGCCAACGUGAACGCGUUGCAUCUGUCGUCCACAGGCAAGAGACUGUGGACUGUUUGAAGAAAUUCAACGCAAGGCGCAAAUUAAAGGUCGCUAUUCUGACGACCAUGUUGGCGACGAGGAACUUUUCCAGUAAGUAUGAUGCACAGGGUCGGAGCAUCAUCACGAAGAAGGGCGAUGGCUCUCAGGUGAAGGAAUCGACCGACAGCAGCACAACGAUCGAGGACGAUGACGUUAAAGAGGAUAAGAAGGGCGGCGUCGACCGGAGCAGCACGGUCAUCGCCAAAGAACCGGAAGGCCCCGCCUCCCAGGGCACACCUCCGAACAGUCCUGCCGCUGUGUCCGCGUUCUCCAGAGUAGUCGGGGCAGCGAGCCAGACGAACAAGCAAAACCAGGUUCAAGGAAACCCUCUUGGGAUUGCCGCGGUACUCCUGCAGGGAGCACAAGCUGGCAGUGCAGGAAGCGGUAGCAGCAGUGGUAGCAGCAGCAACAGCCAGAACAGCCAGACUGGCGCAUCACCCUCGUCUCCGGCGGCCGUCUACAUCGGCAACAACAACGCGGCGACGCCCACCGCAUCGUCGCGACGCUACGACUCCGCGAGUAACGAACCGGAUGUACGCCGGAACACCGGUGCUGGAUACGUGCAGCUUGGUCUAGUCGAGUGCAACGAACCGGAAGACGGUAAGAAGAGAACCAACGCCGAAAUAAGAAUCGUGUGUCCUAUCAAGACCUGCAGCCAGCUAUCGACGAACUCCCAGUGCUCAGCACGCCGUCAGGAGAUCAUCAAGAUGACCGAACAGCUGAUCGAGAGCAUCAACACCGGCGAUUUCGAGGCGUACACGAAAAUCUGUGAUCCACAUCUGACCGCGUUCGAGCCAGAGGCUCUAGGUAAUUUAGUCGAGGGAAUGGAUUUCCACAAAUUUUACUUUGAUAAUGCAGUCCUGGGGAAAAACUGCAAAGCCGUCAACACGACGAUCCUGAAUCCUCAUGUGCACCUUCUGGGCGAGGACGCAGCGUGCAUCGCGUAUGUCAGGUUGACACAGUACAUGGACAAACAAGGGGUAGCACACACUCACCAGAGCGAGGAGAGCCGCGUGUGGCACAAGAGGGACAACAAAUGGCAAAACGUGCAUUUCCACCGAAGCGCGGUAACAGGUCCGUCGCCGUUCUCCUUCAACCACAAGUAAAUUGCGAUCUAUGAUAAUAGAUAAACGUGGGAGGAUGUAGAAGCAAAAAAGCAAGAGGAAGAAGAAGGGCCGAUGUGUCGGUGGACGCUCGUCGCCUUGACACUUGGAGCGAACGAAACCGUGCAACAACACUUAAACAACACACAUAUACACACGAACAGAAACCUACACUCGCAGAGAAGCUAUCAGACUACAACCUUUCAAUCGGAUAAAUAGAUAAAUACAUAAUGCAGGCGUAUAUUUAUUUAUUUAUUUAUCGUAACACGUACACACUUAGUAUUAUAAGCGCGACAAAAGGAGAGAUGAAGGAAGGCCGCGAUAGUGUCGGAAUAAAGAAAAUUCGACAUUUUUCAAAAUCGCGAACGGUACCUGCUCAGCGUACUUACCACGAAAUACCGCGCUCCGUGCCGCAGCAUCGACGAGAGGACGAUUUCCGGUGAAGAGAAGAAGGAAACCUAGACAAACUUCUUUGCUCUUCAUGAAUUAAUAAAAGAACGAAGACGUAUAGAGCAAUGGAAGAAAUUAAACAGAGUUUACUCGAGGGAAGUUUUAGCAAUGUUCAAGUUUUAGGGCGAAGAUAUCAGAGAAAGAAACAACAAUGUGUCGAGAAAGAAAAUAUAGUCAUGAAAUUUGAAAAGAAGAAGCUUGUACUAAGUUCAAUCUUGAGGAUCGUAUCGGAGAGAAAAAUUAAAUGAAAAAUAUGAGAAAGAGUGAAAUGUUCCGAUCGCAUCGAUGCUGGACAUCGAGGGGGGUCAGCGGUGAACGUCGGUUGUAAUCAAGAAAGAAAGAGCGGAAGUUGAAGUGUGCACGGAAGAAGGGAAGUGGCGAUGCGGUGGUUACGACCAUCGAGAAAGAUGGCUCCGGCACGUCGGCAACCACGUAUUUAGCUCGUAACGAUAGUCGCUGUACAGAACAAUCUUCCAUUGUAACUUUCUUCUUCGAAUUUUCGUUCUCGUCUCUCGCUACGACGAAUCCCAUGUAGAUUCGCGCGUGUGCGCUCACACACACACACACACACACACACACACACACACACACACACACACACCCCCACAUGCCCACUUGAACACUACAUACAAUCGCUAGUUAUUGUUCCAACAACAAGAGUUUGAAAAUAAUGGAUCUGUUAAUUUUUAUUUAAUAUAUAUGUUACAUAUAUGUAUACAUUCCAAAAUUCAUCAAGAUUAAAAUGAUUAAAUUCAAUGAAUAUUUUGUGAAGCUAUUGAGAAUUAAUUUAAAAAUUGAUGCUUAAAAUUGAUACAUUGAUAGUUUUGAGUAAAUAAGCACCAGAAUGAGCUGGAAACGAAGCUUCUUCCUGAGAAUAGAAUGUUGCAACAGCUACACACAUAGAGUGAAUCAAAAAAGUACUGACACACAUAUGAUUCUAUCAAUAAUCUUUAUUAAAAUCGCAGAAGUCGAUACUUUUUUGAUUCGCGUACACAUGUACACGUAUAAAUAAUAGGAUACGCGCGAUUGUCCGAGAGGGAGAGAAGAGCGAUGUUUAAACGUUGUUACCUCAUCGUCGUAAGGCAAUUUCGCGACUAGCGAAGUCCAUUUAGUUUCACCAAUCGAUCGUCGAGUCCCCUAGAGCACAUGGUCGAACAGGGAGAAAUUGCAGUUAGAUCUAGAAGAAAGUAUAGAAACCGAGGGUAAAGAAAAUGAAAUCAAAGAUGUAACGAAGGGCUACGUUCACCGAGAUGGAUGGAUAAAGAAAGGAGGACGAAGAGGAACAGAGAUCCGCUUCGGACGUACGUUGGAUAUAAAGAUGAAGAGGGACAAGUGAAGUAGAUUUAGAUUAGAAAUUAGCGGGGAACUUGGGUGAUCUACGAUUGAACACUUUCUUCGUCGAAUUGAAAUCUUCGUUAAAUGAUAGGGAGAAGGAAGCACGAUGGAUCUUUCUACACGUUCGUACAUCCUCUAUUAAUUACUAGAUACGACUUUACGAGAGUAUAAACAAGAUUAUCUAGAAGAAGAGAUACCAAUACAUGUUCGGCGGUGGGGACAAGGGUGGAUUAAACGAAAGAAAAGAAGAAAGGGUACGAAGCAAAGAGGGGUCUCCAUCCGCGAGAAUAUCGAAGGAACAUUUUUAUUUAUAUAUAUGUUAUAAUAUGUAUAGGGGCGCGCUCGCGUGCAUUUGCGCGAAAAUGAUGCACGCGCGUUUCUAGCGUUCUCGAACCGGGACUUCUUGAAGAGUUUAACCGCGGUUCCGAGAAGUCUGCGGGAGUCGCGGAUCCGAUUUUAGUGGAUAAUCUUCUAUUUUAGUAUCUCUCUACUUUCUACUCGGAUAUGUUAGGCAAACGUGGAUUGCGUUUCACGUUUCAGAUUAAUGAAAGAGUGUUCCAUUUUACGUUGAUUCGUAGUUUGCGUUUUAGUAUCUUGCGGUUCUUGUAUCUCAUGAACGUAGAAUCGCGAAUUUAGUAUCUCGCGAUUUUUGUCUACCACGAGCGUAAUCUUGCGACCUCUAGUAUCUGAUCGGUAUAACGCUGCGAGUCUAGUAUCAACAGAAUUCCACAGUUUUGUGAUACCAGUAUCUCACAAAUGUAAUACUGCGAUUCUAGUAUCUUGAGAGUAUUUCGCGGUUUUAAUAUCUCGUGUACGUGAUCUCGCGAUUCUAGUAUCUCAUGAGAGUAACCUCGCGAUUAGAUUGAUUUCGAAUGAGAAACGGAGCGGAUUUGAGCGGUUCCCGCGACUUUGCUUCCGCGAAAACGCGCGUACACGUGCGUGUAGGCGCACGUGCACACCCCGAAAUCUACCGCGUAUGUAUAUUGAUACACAGAUAGCAAAAGGGAGUGGAAGACGACGAUGAUAAUGAUGGUGAAUAUGAUGAAACGAUUUAAUAUAUUGCAGAUACUAUAUUAUAAAUAUAAAUAUAAACAUAAAUUAAAAACUUAAGGAAUAGUUAUUUCUACUACUCUAACUUCGUCGCUUCUACGUGUGAUUGUUGUAUAAAACAAACAAAAAAAACAAAAAAUAUGAUUAUUGAUUUAUUAUCAUUGUUAUUACACGAUUAUCAUUACACGUUACGACUACUACUAUUACUAUAAUUAAUUAAUUAUUAUUAUUAUUGCCGAGCGAAAGCAGUCUAGGGAGAACACGAGAGUUGUUGAAAGAAAGAAAUUUAAAGAUGAAUAAUAGAAAAAAAAGAGAGAAACGUUGAGAGAAUGAGAGUGAGAGAGAAUUAUAAAGAAUUAUUGUAAGAUCUACGACGAUCUUUUUUUUCCUACGAUGCGAAAGAAAGAGAGGAAAACAAAGUAUUCUGAAUGGAUGUACGAAUGUAUAAUAUCUGAAAACAGACACAAGCAAGAUACCGAAGAAGGAAAGAAGCAUAUGUAACGAGCCAAAAAUAGAAAACAAGAAAAAAAAGUUGACAGCACGUAACGAUCUUUAUUCUACACAUUUAUAAAUACGAGUUUACGAACGUUAAAGUGGGUCAGGAAAAGAGCAGUUUCUAAAUAUCCUAUCUGAAUUGACGAAGAAACGAAAAAUCGAAGCAGUCUUGAGAUUCUUAUUAAAAGAAAUUGAAAUAACAAAAAAGAAAAGGUAGUACAUAUAAGAGAGGAAAAAAGAAGAAAUAAAAAGAUAAAAGAGUGAUUGUUGAAAAAAGGGACGUGUCCCGCUUGGCCACGUCGGAUUUUGCUGAAAGUUGUUGUUCCCAUUGAAUACCAUUCUCUAUUGUCUCUUUUGUUAGUGUACACUCUUGUAGCUUGUAACGUACGUUUAGCGUGUAAUAGCGUUAAUUAAUCAACAGUCUACGAGGUUGUUCUCUCACAUUCCGUACAAGUCUACCGAAAUUUAUCUAAUCGUUGCUGUCCAUUGGCGAUACCCUUCUCGUUACCAAUAUUUCGUUGCUGUUCCGUCAAGUUUUUCAUUUUCUAUCGUGUUAAGUUAUUUGUUGAAUCGAAAAUGAAAGAGAGUUCAAGCCAUUUCAUGCCAUGCACUUCUUCGAUUUGUUAUUUGUUAAUCAUUGUUCAUGCGUUUGUUGAAAUGUUCUUCCUAAUCAGAUUGAACCCUUUUCGAUCUGUUAUAUGUAUGUCGCCAUGUAAUAUUUGUUACAACGCGCCCAACUCAUCUGAAGAUACUUUUUUUUUUAUUUAUUCGUCGUCUCGCAGUUUGGAAUCGAAUUUAACACUUUGAUGGUCGUUGUUAAAUAUUUUAAUAUUUAUUUAAUUUUAUACCUCGCGAUCUAAAAGUAGAUUUUAUUUCUUUUAUCUAUUAUACGCUGAUUUUCAUUUGAAAUACAAUUUGGCAAUUUUGCGAUGUAAAUUAUAAAAGUUUCCAAACAUAAUAUUUUGAAAGUGAAAAGAAAUCUAAAAUUAAAUACCCUCAAAGUGUUAAUUGGUGUACCUUUCGUCACAUUGUCAUCCCUCGUUGCAGCAAAUAAAAAAAUAAAGGUUCACAGAGUGUCGUGUUGAAACUAUUGAAUUCUAAAGACACCUAGUCGAUCGCACGCGAUAUUCACCUCGAAGAGGCUACUUUCAGCAGGAUCUGCUUCAACCAAGUAGCGAAACUGGUGCGUGGCGAAAAAUAUCGAGGAGUUGAAAAUAGAAUGGCAAUGAGAGAGUGUAAAGUAUCGAAAGAAUAAUAUGUUGCGUAAAGAAAAUCCGUACGGAUCUGAAAGAAAAUAAGAAAAAAAAAACAAAGGUCGAGUAACCGUAGGCAUUUUCGUCGUUAGCUUUUUUCUUCGAUAUACUUCGAUCGUUCCAACGAUUUGAACGAAUAGAUAGAACAAGAACACGUUCGUCUUUAUAUUCUUUCAUCGAUAUAUCCUUUUCGAGCGAUCGCAUGAUAAAUAGAAAUCAUUCACGUACGAACUUUUACUUUCCCCUCUUUAAGAUUGAAAAAAAAAUCUUCUUUGCUUGACUAAACUUAACUUGUUCCGCCGUAUACGUAUGCACCGAUUACAACGUUUCCUACGAUUUUCUAUUAUUACGUUGCGAGUUGGCGAGAGGCUAAUGAUUGAUGAUAAAAACGGUGUAGGCGAUUCGAAUCCUGUCUCUCUUACUUCUUCCUCAAAUUAUUUCGUCGUUGGUCAUCGUCGUAAUUAAAAUACAAAUCUGUCGAGGUUUAAUUUGUUAUAAAAUUCAAUGAUGAUCGAUGACAUUUGUGUGAAGAUGGUGACAAGCGAGAGAGCAUGCAAAGGAAUAUAAUCUGUUUUUUCUUAGCAAUUGAGGAGAAUAAAAUUUAUGAAAUUGCAGUGGGUAGAAAAUUGAAGUUAAAAUUUAAACUAAAAUUCAAACUUAUUCUGUUUUCUAAAGCAGAAUUAACCGUUUGAAUGGUCUAUCAAUUGCAAAUAGAAUAUGCACUAAAUUCACUGAAAAUGAAAUUAAUUUUGUAAAAUUUCAACUUGAAACUUAGAGUGUUAAUUAUAAUUAUGUUCGUCUAAGAGGAUCGAAAGAAGCCCGUUGUCGACUCGAUCGCCGACAUUUUUGCGCGAUCACCGAGAGAGGAAAGAAUCAGGAUGGUACGCGCGCACAAAAAGCGGCACCGCGCCGUGAAAACCGAAUUACCAAGUUCAAUCGACAGCUAACCGGUUAAUCACCUUAGCUUGUAAUUAAACGUAGUAAGUCGUGUGAACAAUUUGCGUCUUCUGCGUGAUACUCGACGAGUCGCACGCCAAUUUUAUUAACAGCCAUUUCUCAAUGACACCUUUAUGCUAAUACACACCGGUCCCGGGUCAGCCAAAUUCUUCGGGAACGGGUUGAACAGACGUUGAUAACGAAGAAUCAAGUUCCUCCCGUGCGUUUCCGGUGCGCUCGACGCGCACGCAUCACCUGAAGCCGCGUAACUUACACGAAACAUGGAUCGCCAUAGAAAGAUAUAAUUUUUUUUAAUGAUUUCUUGUGAAAAAUAAUUGGAUUUGUUCUAUAUAGUUUGCUGUUUGUCCUUGUAUAAAUGAUUAACAUAUUAAAAUCAGGAAAAUGACAUUAUUUUAUAAAAGAAAAAUAGUGGUCCAUGAUGGAUGAAUUUCCAAUUUAAUUAAUUUUUUGAUAUCCAAAUGUAUACAUAUUUAUAAAAAUAUCACGCAUAAGAAAAAUAUGAUUGUUGAAAUUAUAUUUUUAAUGGCGAGUCCCAUGAACGCCGAAAAUCAAAGUAAACCACCGGAAACUUACUAUUUCCGUGUAUAAAUCGAGGAAACUGAUCAAGGUUCGCGGCUGCAAGGAUAGACGAUAAAUAAAACGAGGUCUUCGGCUAUUUCGACAUCUCCUUUCGUCUCUACGCUACUUCGUGUCCGCGUCGAACAGAUCCACCCUACAUAAGCAUAUGAAAUUAAAUUAAUUGUAUAUAGCGUGUGCGUGUGUCCACUGUGCAUGCGUGCGCGUACAUAUAAUACAUAUAUAUUGAGGUACAGCUCGGUUGAUUUUGCACGACGACACGGCCGAUCAUGACCGAUUUCGACGCGUACGUCGCUUCUGCGGAAAAAAUUUUAAAACGGAAAUUUUAUUCUCAUCGAACUAAGCGUGUCGAUGCACUUUACAUAUCUUGUUCGUUGCCAAAGAAGUAAGGAGCAAACGAAAGGGCGACUUUCUUUAAAUCCUGUUUCCUUUCCUCGUUUCAUUCUGCGAUCGUACGCGUCGAAUGGCUAGAACAGUGUCUACGCUAGACAAAAUUUAUGUCGUUUUGUUCAAAGUUAACACAUAUGUAUAAAUUUAUACAUCGAGGUAAAUUUUAAUUAGCGUAGAUGCGGCUUAAGAAACGAACUGUGAAUGUUGUUCGAAGAACAAACCCUUUCGAGCUUAAACAGAAACGAGGAAAUUGAAGAUGCGGAACAUAGCAAGGCGAAGGGCGAACACACAAAAUGAAAGGAGAAAGGAUAAAUAUGAGAAAACAUACAGCAAAGACGAAGAAAUAAUAAUAAAAGGAAGUGGGAGGCCACCGUUUUCGGUGGACGAAGACAAAAACGAUUCUAGCGGACGUGCGAUCCAACUGUGCCUCGAAAAUUAAAAAAGAAAAAAAAAGAAAAAAAAAUGAAACAAAUCUGAGCGACGUCCCUUCCGACUAAUGAAAAAAAUGAAAAAAGAAAAAAAAACAAUAUUUAAUAGAUUGUAAACGUUCACUACUAUUCUUAUUGAUAUUAUUGUCAUUAUUAUUACUGUCAUCAUUAAUUAUUAUCAUUGUUAUUGUUAUUAUGAUUACCGUCACGCGUAUUUUAGAGGAAUUAUUCCCUUGCAAUUUUGCGAUGACGAUUCCGCGCGACAUUCGUGUUUUUACUUCUUGAGCGUUGCGAUGAGGAGAGCACAGAGAGAGAGAGAGAGAGAGAGAGAGAGAGAGUGAGAGUGAGAAAGGAUGAAACGAAGAGAUUAAUGGACACCUUAUGGAGAAAAUAAGUAUUUUCAAAAAGAAAUUAAAAAUCAUGAAAUUUGAAAAUUUAAAAGUUUAAGAGUUUAAGAAUCUAAAAAUUCAAAAUUAAUGAAUUUAUUAAUUAAUGAAGUAUUUCUCUUUGAAAGCAAAUAAUUUUUCCUGCCCAGAAGACGAGCCUCAAUGAUUUUAGUGAUUUCAACUUAAGCGCACGAUUCGUGGAUCAUCGAUCUUACUAUUCACAAUUUUCUUCUCUCAAAUUAGAACAAUCAUUGACGCAGUCUAAUUUGUAAUUAAAAUUUCAAGCCAUUAAAAUCCUGAUUUUUCAAUCAAUUUAAAACCUCAGAGUUAUUGAUAAUAACACUUGAUUAAUUGAGUCCAAUAAAUAUUCUUGAUGCUCCAUCGACUUUUUAGAUAGUAGAGCAAGAUUACAUGAGAAGCUUUUUAGAAGAUCGAUAUUAAAUAUUAAUAUUAGAUACCAUUUAUUGAAAUAAAUUUAGGAAAUUAUGAGAUUAAAAGGGUAUAGAAGUAAACCUAGCAAAUUUUAUAAUCGCUUCGAAAAUACGGUGAUCAAUGAUCCAUCCUAUAGAUCCAACAAAAAAAGGAUCGAAACUCGAAUUUUCUGGUUUUGAGUCGUCUGCUCCAUCAGGUGUCGUGUUCAAAAAAUGAUGUUAGAAAAGGAAGAACGAUCCAGGAAAUGCAACUUCUGUUCGGAUCCUGGUUCGAUUCUGGAUCCUUCACCGAUAAUGUUAAUUAGAAGGGAAAAGAGAGAAACGAUGGUGAGAAUGAGUGAUAGAAAAAGAGAGUAUGAAAGUGUGGAAGAAUGAGAGAAUGGAGAAGAGAGAUAGGGAGAAAGUGUGAUUAUUAAAUCUCUUAUCGGUACAUUUAAUAUAACGCUAAUUCAUUAUUACAAACAUUAUUGGAUUUACGGUAAACGGAUAAGCGAUUGAUUACAAUUUUGUCCUAAUGUUCAGAGAAAUAAAACAAGGAAAUACA